AAUAGGUUUUAGCAUCAAAACGUUUGGAAGGACGAAAUGACAGGUCAUUUGGGCCAGAAGAGUCACCCAUUAUCUACCAAACCAUCAGAAACAAAUUAUAGCUAUUUACAUUAAUUGCAUUCAUAAUCUAAUCCAACAGAAGUAAUAAAUGAUUUAAAAAUAAUGGCAUACUAUUAAGGCAAGCCAUUCCACAGUGUGUUUAUUUUGACAAGUAAACUCUCCAAACAAGUCUACAUUAAAUGUGAACCUUCCAAAACUUAUAAUUACUACCCUCAAUACUUCAGUUUUGUGUCUCCAGUAUUUUCAUAUCAUUACUAACAGACCACCAUUAGGAAGAUUGUCAAUCUUUAGUAAUUUUUAGUAUUUGUCAUAUUUGUGUUCUUUAUACUUCCAAGACAAUCUUUUCAACAUUUGUAAAGUUGCUAAUUUAGUUUUAUGUAGCACAUAAUCGAAGGUGUUCUGAGAAUCAAAAGAUGCGACAAGAAUUGGAAUGCUAAGAAAAAAAAGCCAAAGACUUGGAUACGUCUGUGAAUGGGUAAAAAGAAGAAGCAAAAGGAAGGUGGGUCUCAAGUUGAAGAAGAGUAUAUCGUUGAAAAAGUUGUCGAUAAAAGAGUAAAACAAGGUCAAGUUGAAUAUUAUCUGAAAUGGAAAGGAUACCCAGAUUCUGAAAAUACUUGGGAACCACAGGAACAUCUUGACUGUCCAGACCUUAUAGCAGAAUUUGAGAACUCUAGGAAAAAUAAAGACAAAGAACAAAGUGAUGACAAAAAAAGGAAAAUGGAUGAAAAUGAUUCAGAUAAUUCAAGCCAGAAGAAGAGGAAAACUGAUGAUGAUAAUAAGCCUAAGGGAUUUGACAGAGGCUUAGAGCCAGACAGAAUCAUUGGUGCCACUGAUUCAAGUGGGGAGCUUAUGUUUCUUAUCAAGUGGAAAGGCAGUGAUGAAGCUGACCUGGUACCAGCAAAACAAGCAAAUGUCAAAUGUCCUCAGGUGGUUAUUAAAUUCUAUGAGGAACGAUUGACGUGGCACACAGGUGCCAAUCAUGAAGAUGAUGCUGAAAAAGUAGCAAAACAAUCAUAAGAUUAUUAUUUAUAUCUCUCUUGCAAGAGUAUUUGGUUAUAUUAUCUGAAAUGCAUUGCUGUUUUAACCACUAAGUAAAUCGUUGUUGAAAGUUUUUUGUUGUUUUUUUACUGUACAUACAUAUUAUGCACCAUUACUUGUAUGUUUGUAAGAAAACUGACAGUUGUACUGUUAUAGUAAAAUAGUGUAAAUGUUGUGUAGUCUUUCUGUGUACAAUAAAAAAAAAAAAAACUACAUGAAAUUUUGUAUUUAGUAGACAAGUCAUAAUAAGGUUUAAUAAAUUCUCUAGUAAUGUUCAGUUUUUUUACAUAAUUUUUCAUGUACGAGAACUAAUUAGACUUCUAUGUUUCUUUGUACGGUGUUAGGUUAUAACAAUUUUUAAGAUAUUUUUUCAUACUAGUACCUUUCUACUGUUAUUUCAUUGGCCAUUUUUCUUUUGUUUUUCUACAUUGGUCACAAGUAUUUAAGGGCAAAUAAAUGGACAAUAUUGUUUUUGUGUCUUUUAAAAGUUAGUAUAGAACAUACAAUUGUGCUGUGCUCUGGUGAAAAUAUCAGUACCUAUCAUUAUAUAUAAAGAAUUAGUUUUGAGAGUAAUGUUUUUAAAAUUUUUUCAUUCCAUAACUGUCUAUAUAAAAUUGUUCAUAUAGGCAGCAUUCAUUGUGAAUUGUCUUAAUGACCACAUUUUCAUAAUGUCUCAUUUAAAGAAAAAAGAAUUGUAUGCUUUUAUUUGAAAAAUGUGAAACUUGUUGUUGUUCUUUUAUGUGUAUGAGGGGGGGGGUUAGAUGUUGCUAAAAAAUAGGAGAUAAUUACUUUACAAUCUGGCUUUUAAUUUAGAAAGUUAAAGAAACAAGUUAGAUAGAAACAAAAUAUUGCAACUGGUGAUUUUUCACUUUUUUGUUUUCUUUCAAUUAUAUAUUCUGUGGUUUGCACUUUGUUACCACCUAAAAAUAUUGUGCUUGCACUUUGAGGCUGUAGGUGUGACUGUAAAAUCCCACUGUUUAACUAGACUAGUGCAUUAAUUGGUGGUAGAUGGUGUUGACUAGCUGUUCUCCUUCCAGUCUAUCACAUUAAAAUUAGGAAUGACGAGCCCAGGUAGCCCUUCAGUAGCUUUGUGUGAAGUAUUCAACUACAGAAAUCAAAAGAUAAUUAGUAUAAAUGAUACAAAGAUAUUAUUUUCAGCAUUAGUAAAUUUUCUUUGUAUUUAAUAAAGUUUUUUUUAUGUAAUAUAAUUUAUUUUUUAAGGUAUUAAAAUAACCACUGAACAGGAUUGGAGAAAUUUGAGGAGUUUUGAAGAAAUUUUACUUGGAAAGAGCAAUAAAAAAAACCUUCUUAGAUAAUACCUGAAAUAAAGAAGUGUACUAAAUUUAGCAUUUAAAAAACAUUGAAUGUACUUUGUUAAAGACUAUGUAUUAGUCCUGAUAAAAUAGAAUGAUAGUAGCUUACAAAUAAUGUGUCAGUCUUAUGUUGGAUUUCUUCAGUGUACUUUUCAAGUUAAAAAUGAGCCUACACUAUAAUUGCUACUGAGUUUGUAUCAACAUGUUUUGAACUUUAGUACAAGAGAAUAAAUGUACCCAAAAGAAAGAAAAAAUUCAUGCAACAAAAAAAAAAAUUAAUUAGGCAGUCAAAAAUAUAAUUAUUUAAUUUGUUAAUUAGAAGAAAUGAUUAUGCAAAAGUAUGUAAUUAAAGUGUAAAAACAAAGCUUAAACUAAUUAGGUUAGUGCCUUUUAGACUCAGACUUGAGUUGAGUAUUGAGUCACAAUCCUAGUGGUUACACUGAUGGGCGCUGCACCCUCGUCUGAAGAUUAGCUGCCUCGAUUGAGAUGAGAUAGAGGAUAAUUGUUUUAUUGAUGUUACCAGUGGACUUUUGGUUGCAUAUUUUCGUAACGAUUCCUUAUCUUUUUGCCAUUCCUUACUACACCAUACAGUAUUUUGUUUUCCAGCAGUCUUUCUUUCUGAAUGUCAAUGAAGACCUAUGUUUACUGCUUUCUCAUUUCCAGUGAAGAGGAGGUUCAUAUCCUGCUAGUAGUGUUGUGUUCAAAUUUAGCUAGAUACUGAAAGUAUGUAAAGAGUUCAUUAAGAAUCAACACUUAAAAACGUGUAAGAAUAGAAUUCAGCAUACAAGAAAAAGUACCAGAAUUUGGCUUCAGUCUUGGGAAUUAUUACAGAAUUGAAAUACUAACUAUGGAUAGAUAAAGACCUAUUUAAAAUUAAAUGCCAGUUGAUAUCGUUGCCCCAAGGGUAAACAACAAACUUAAGUCUUACAUAUUAAUUAAAAGAGAAACCAAAAUUAAAAGUUGCUUUUUAAAGUAGCAAAAGGGCUUUAGAACAUUAUCAGGGAUCAUUUGGUUAUAAAGGUUGAAAAAUAUUAGCACCCUAUGAACUUGUAGUUGUAGUUUUCUUGAUAAAAACAAAUGUAUAUGGUUUGAUCUUAAUAGAUGAUCAUUCAAAAAUUCUUUUUUGUAAACCUGAUUUUUUUUAAUGUAGCAAAGGUGUACUUUAACACAAAUUUAUUGAAGUUGUUUAUUUUUAAGCCAAUGUUGUGAUGUUUAUGAACUUGACUCGCAGUAACUUGGUAUUAUAGAAGAAUACAUGAAUGAAAUUUGUUAUAUAGAUCUUUGUAUUGGACUAUAACCUUCAGUACCUGUAUAGAAGAAAACCAACAUAAAAUUCUGAUAUCUGCCACCUAUCUUUUUCAAUACUUUUAAGUAUUGUAACUUCAAAGGAAUUAUACAUUAGUAACACACAUACUUUUGCAUUGCUGACUUUCAAAAUUCACAAGAAAAUAGUGAUAACAAUCCACUUUGACAUUAUAGUUCAUUAUGUGUUAAUGGGAACAAUAUUGUAUCACAAUAGUAAUUUUUGUCCAGUACUUUUUUUUUAUAUAAUUAGCGGAUGUAUUUUGUCAGCUUUGUUACCAUAACUAUAUUUUCCAUUUGCCACAAAAUGGUGUUAUCAUAAAAGUAUUGAUUUAAAAAAUUUGGAGUAUCAUAAGGGGAAUAUCCCAUAAAGCCACAUAACUAGAUCUCGAAAGGAAUGUUUUUUUAAGUCACCUGGAAACCACUAGUUUUGCACAUGUUAAGCUUUAUGUAACUGUUUACCAAGGACACCUGAAAAACUGCUCAUUUCAUUAAACAAUGGAAAAAUCUUA